AUGAACAAAUCAUUUAAUUCAAGGACAAAAUAUCCUUUCACAAAUUAUAAUAAUAAAAUGGUCUUCAGAUCCCUGUGUAGAUUAGGAAAAGUAUUAGCUUCUAGAUCUACCACCAGAUCUCUUCAACCUUCCCAAAUCAGAUCUCCUAUAUCUUUCCAAGCAAGAUUUAUCUCCUUUUAUCCUGCAAGAUCUUUUUCUAGAGCGCCCAGGUCUUUUGAAGCUCUUCAAUUAAGAGUAGCUCAGCUAGAAGAAGAGCAAGGUGAGACUAGCCCAGAUCUAGUUAUUCCUUACAAUGAGCUUGGUAGUGCCUACAGAGAAAAAGAGGAUCUUCCCAAAGCUGCAUUGUAUUUCGAAAAAGCAGUAAAAAUUGUUGAGACGCAGCAAGGAGUUGACCCUGAAGAUCUCGAAGCUAUCUAUAUGAACCUAGCCUAUACUUACCAAAAAAUAGAAGAUCCCCAGAAUGCUAUCAAAUACUUUCAAAAGGCCUUAGAAGUAGCAAAAGAAAAGCACGGGGAAGCUAGCAAACAAGUCGCUAUAAUUUGCAAUAACAUAGCAACAGUUUAUAGACUUACUGAAAAUAUUGAAGAAGCACAUGACUAUUUGCAAAAAGCUUUGCCUUUUAUGCAAACACAGGUCGAAAGCAACGAUAUAGACGUCGCUAUUUAUUUUAUGAAUCGUGGCCACGUCUUUGGAAUGAAAUAUAAGCCAACUGAGGCUAUCAAAAGCUUUAAAAAAUCUAGAAAUAUUUUUGAAAAAAUCAAAGGGCCAAUUUCUCUAGAGUGUGCAGACAUAGAUGAGUUUUUAGGCUUAGCACAUUGGAGUGGUGAUGAAUUUACAGAGGGUAUUCAAGCCUUGGAGCGCGCUAUCAGUAUUAGGCAUAGCUUAGGAAAACCUGAUGAUAAUAUUAUAGAGCUUUAUAAAAGACUUGGGUUUUUCUACAAAGAAUUAAAAAACACAAGAAAAUCUGAAGAAGCUUUCGAAAAAGGUGCAGAAAUUGUUAAAGAGCUUGGAGGGGAUAAUGGUAGAGCUUUGGCUUAUUAUUAUAAUCAUAUUGGACAGAACUGUAGAAUGAUGGGAGAUGCAAGGUCUGGAAAGAGCUGGUUCAAUAAGUCUCACGAAAUAUUGAAAACCAUUGAAAAUGAAAGUACAAAAGAUAUGGCAAUUUGCUAUGAUAAUUUGUCAGCAGAUGCUCAUGACAGUAAAGAUUUUGAAAAAGCUAUAGAAUUCGCCCAAAAAGCUUUAGAUAUCAAAAGAGCUGCAAAGCUUAGUGCAGAAGAUAUCGCAACGACCCUUACAGGACUUGGCUCUGUUUAUCAUUCUAAAGGAGAUUAUGAUCAAGCUGAGACUUUUCUGUUAGAAGCUAAGCAAAUACUAGAAGCCGGAAAGCUUGAGGAUGAGUCAGUUUUAGAUUCUUGCCUGUCAACAAUUGGGCUACUAUACAGAGACCAGGGAAAAUUCCAAGAAUCCUUACUCCCCCCUCCAUUAGUAAAAAAAUAUUUUGUUUGCUCACUGAAAGGUUACUAUUUUUUUUAAAAAAUUUACACAUAAAUUUUAUAGUAAGAUUUUUUUCAAAAUUAAAAAAAAUCCUAAUUCACAAAAAUUGGAAAGCAAAUAUUUGUUUAAUUUGUGAAAUUUAUGUUUUAAAAUGCAAUUAAACAAAAUUAGCUUAUAUUUCAUUUUACUAGUUAUCACUUAUAUGCCAACUUUUUUUUUGAUAAAAAAUUUUUUUGCUUGCUCAUGGAGGGGGAUUUUUCUAAUGGUUUUGUUCGCUUACGGAGGGGGAGUUAGACUCUUAUCAGAGGACACUUGAACUAAAAAACAGAAAUCUUGGAGACACACAUCCUGCCAUUGCAAAUACUUAUGCACAUAUAGGAAUUUUAUAUGAAAAGUGGGAAAAAUUACCAGAAGCGAUUGAGGAGUUUAACAAAGCUAUUAAUAUGAACGCAAAAACUCUUGGAAGAGAGCAUCCAUCAACUUCAACUUAUAUUGACUUAGUAGCAGAUGCCUACAGAAAGGUAGGGAAAGUUGAAGCUGCAAUAAAGGAGCACGAAUAUGCUCUAGAUAUCAGAAGGUCUGUAUAUGGGGAAAGAGAUUUUAUGGUAGGCUUGUCUUACAAUAAUCUUGCAUUUGAUCAUAGAGCUUUAAAAAAUUGGGAUAAAGCAAUUGAAUACCACACCAUGGGAAAAGAUAUUUAUUUACAAGUUUAUGGAGACAAACACCCUUAUUAUGGAGGCGGAUACAUUCUUAUUGGAGAAGUCUAUGAGUUGAAAGGAGAUAAAGCAAAAGCGCUAGAAAAUUUCAUAAAAGGAAAAGAGUUUUUCGUUGGAUUGUACGGAGAUAAUAAUGAUUUUGUCAACAAAAUUCAGACCAGGAUCGAUAACUUGAAUAAGAACUUAAAUUAA